AUGACACGCAAUCAUACCAUCGAUGUGCUUACAGCGACAGCAAGCGACCUGCGUAAGCUGCUGGACUCGGAAGAGGUCUCCAGUGUGGAGCUGGUGGGUUUAUACUUGGACCAGAUUGCCAAGCAUAACAAACAGGGCCUCAUGCUGAAUGCAAUGAUCUCGACUGCGUCUGCGGAUCGUGUCCUCGAAGAAGCGAGGAUGUUGGAUACUGAAAGGUCACAAAGGAGGCCUAGGUCAAAGCUGCAUGGGAUCCCGAUUAUUUUGAAGGAUCUGAUUUGCACCCCAACAUUUGGCCUGGAGACAACAGCUGGAUCAUUGGCCUUGAAAGGGCUUAACGCUACUGAAGAUGCCCCUAUCGCAACACUUCUUCGAGAGGCUGGAUUUAUCGUGAUUGGCAAAUCAAACCUUUCGGAAUGGGCUAACUCUAAGGGAUUCGGGGUGACAAGUGGUUGGUCUGCCGUCGGUGGCCAGACUCAAUCGCCUUAUGUUAAAGGAGGCGUGGACUCGAAAGACAGGUGGAUGGGCCAUAGUACCCCGGCCGGAUCAUCGUCUGGGUCGGCCGUUACAACAGCAGCUGGCUUUGCCGCUUUGACGAUCGGGUCCGAAGCGGACGGGUCAAUAGUUCAACCAGCAAUUCGAGCUGCGGCCUAUAGCUUGGAGGGGACGGUUGGCGAUGUGAUUAUGAAAGGCACGCAGUCUGGAGGUGCAGCUUUUGACAGUGCCGGUCCAAUUGCCAAAUCUACUGAGGAUUGUGCCGAUGUGAUGGAUAUUCUCUUACCAGGUUGGGACUUUGGUUCGCACCUCGCUAAGUCUUGGAAUGGGAUUCGCAUUGCCUAUCUAGACUACAAGACCUGUCAAUUUCCCGACUCUGUUUGUGAAAAAACACCUGCCUUCGAUACACAACAUGAGCAAGAAAUGCUGGAGGCUCUCAAGAAAGUCGAAUCUCUUGGAGCCCAGGUUACCUACAAUGCCCCCCUCCUGAGCCUUCCUGGAAUCACCGAUAAAUACAAAACUGUGACGAUGGGAGAGAUUGGAAGACACCAGCUUGCAUUCGUCAUUUCAAGAUUUUUGGGCUUAUUCAAUAAUCCUCAAUUACGGACAUUGCAGGACCUGGUGAUGUUCAAUAAAGAGCAUGCAGCUGAAGAGGUUCCACCAGAGCAACCCAGCCAGCAAGUGUUGGAAAAUGGCCUGAACGAUAAUAUGACCGAUGAGCAAUAUCACAGUGGAUUGGCGCACCUUCGACAGAGUGUUCGGCAUGCUGCCCAGCUGUGUUUGGACGAAUCCAAUGCGGAUGUUAUCAUGGCAUCUGGGGAAACACUGUUUCCUAGCAUUGCAGCCUGUGCAGGCUAUCCCAUCGGAAGUGUCCCACUCGGCUUCUCUGCUUACAAUGGGAGGCCUUUUGGGAUGGAAAUAAUGAUACGGAAUGGCGAGGAGGAAAAGGUUUUUCAAGUAAUGUCGGCAUGGGAAGCGACGUUCCCGGAGGCCAGGCAGCCGCCGCCUCUUUUGGUCAACUGGGCCACCGAUAUGUAG